AUGUACAAUGAAGACAUCGAGAUGGUCCGAGGAGCGGGUCUUGGUCCCGUCCCGGCCCGUAGCGGCACAGCAAGGUCUCUGCUGUGGAUAAUUUCUUUAGCUCUAUGGUUCCCUCUCCUCGAGUCCUACACUCAGAGAGGACGCAUGUCGGAGCCGGCGGCUAGCUUCCCCAACGAACAUUUCCGCGUGGCUCUAGUCCUCCGAGGAGGGAAGCAGGGGAGAGGCCUUGAUGAAGCCACGCUGGCUACUCAAGGGGACCCUUUGAUGAGCCUCUUGACUGAAUUCCCUGCUCCUGCCUGUCAAUUCGAAUCGACGGCGCCUGUCAUGGUGAUCGGCGAGGCCUUGCUGCUGAAAGUGAGAGCCCCAACGACGAAGGGGAAGACUCCGCCAAAGCGUGUGAAGAAGAAAGAAAAGAAUGAAAAAGCGGAAAGAGGAGUGAAAAAUGCAAAAGCGAGGAACAAAGGGCGCAAGGCUGCAGUGAAUGAUGAUCCAGAAGGCUUACCAGGAGAGGAGGAGGAGUUGUCCGAGAAGAAUGUAGAGCUACCUUCUUCUGAGAAGCUCCUUGAAAGAAAGUCCGAACUGUCACGGGUCCGCUCAUUGUGGAGUCAGACAGGCAGGAUGUUCCACUGGGAAGGCGCUGAACAAGGAGAAGAGAAAGAGGAAAACGAACGAGAAAGGCAGGAAGAAACUCCUGAGAGGGAAGAGAUCCAAUCCUUUGACAAGAAAGCCAAAGAAAAGGACUUGGUAACGAUGAUGGAGGAAACUUAUGGGACGAGAACAGAAGCGGAUGGAAAGAGAUUCAAAUUGAAGACUAGAUGGAUAGAAGACGGGAUUAUGCAGAUAGAGGAAGAAAGUUCGGAAGAGGGUGAGGAUGAACACUGUGAUACGAGAGUUGAAGCACCUCUCUUAGCAGAUGAGGCGAUGAAGAGCUCGACAAAGGAGGAGGAAGCUGAGGAGGAGCUGAGUCAGGAGAGGGAUCAUUCCAAGAUGAAGAUGAAUCCUCAUAGGAGAGCGCAUGAGCUGAAGAAGCUGACUAAGAAGAAGGAGGAGGAGGAGCAGGACCGAAGAGUGAAGGAGGGCCGCCAGUCGAUGAAAGCAGGUCCUUGGGCAGUCGCACUCAUCAACAAGCUGAGGAAGAGGCAUCAGAGGAUGAUCUCGAAGCUGGAGUCACGCAGGGAUCCGACCAGUGGAAGCUUCCCCUUCGGGCGUCCGUUGAAACAGCAUGCGAAGGACCAGAAGCAGAAGCAGAAGCCACAGGUCUGGAGGCGGCCAGGACCAUCAGUAGUGAACGCUCAACCGAAGCACAUCAUCUUUGACUGA